UUCGUGUUCCAUUAAGACUUACCAAAUCCCUUCUUCUUUCUCUGAUAUUCACCUUCCUAUAUAUACCUCCAAAAACCAACCCAUCAAUCCAUAUCUCAUUUCAUUUCGUUCUCUUAUCUUUUUCAUCUACGCAGCAUACAUUACUAGCCACUCAUUCUAAACCACAGCGCCACCACUUUUGGUUGUUCAUAUUCUUCUGCAGCACACAACAAUGGGAUGUUUCAGUAGCAUAGUAUGUUGUGUUCCGAAAUGUAUCUUCAAAAUCAUUCUCUCUAUUCUCGUUGCAAUCGGUAUAGCAGUUCUUAUCGUUUGGUUAAUCCUUCGUCCGAUAAACCCAUUGAAAUAUCAAGUCGAUAACGCUUCCCUUACUCAGUUCAACGUCACCGGUAACGACAUGCUUCAUUACGACCUUGCAGUGGAUUUAAACUUGAGAAACCCGAAUACGAAAAUCGGUGUUUACUAUGAUCAGAUUGAAGCUAGAGCAUUUUACGAUGGUCAGAGGUUCGAUUCGGUUAUGUUAACGCCGUUCUAUCAGGGUCAUAAGAAUACUACUAUUCUCCGUCCGGUGUUCAAAGGACAACAUCUGUUACCAAAUGUGCUAGGUGAGUUUAACCAAGAUAAGGCUGAUGGCAAAUUCAAUGUUGAAGUUAAACUUUAUCUUAAGAUGAGAUUCAAAGCUGGUCUUGUUAAGACUACUAGGUUCGGGCCUAAAGUUAAGUGUCAGUUUCAAGUUCCUGUGGGUUCUUCUACUGCAUUCACUUCUGAGAAGUGCGACUAUGAUUGGUGAUUCCGGUAAUCGUCUCCGGCGACGAUAUUCAUCUUGUUAAUUCAUUUCUUUGGUUAUAUCAUUGAUUGAUUGAUGAUAGUUGGUGUUAUUAGUUCGAUUUAAUAAUUUGGUUAGGUACAUUAUUAAUUUAUGACAGUGGAACAUUAUUGGUGUUAAUAUUCGUUGUUUCCAGUUCAUUUUAUUUUAUCUUG